AUGCUGGGGAGAUCCAUAGAUCUGGAUAGAGUCCCCGGAUUAGUACGCGCGCUAGCAAAAGCUAGCAAAAACGCAAGUCAGAGAACGACGCCAUCAACAAAAAAACCCAAAUGCUAUGUUGAUUUUAUUUCUAGGGUUUUAAUUUUGAGAUUCAAAUCAUCACUUUCGGAUGUAUUACUUUGGUCGUCUUUCUGUGCGCCUUCUCACUCUCCCCAGUGGGUCUUAAGAGCAAAGCAGCAAAGCAAGAUAACUCUUGAAAGACAUGUAUCAGAUCGUAAGAAGCUAUCAAUAAAUGUGUUCUUGGUGAAUGAUGGCUUUAUACAUAAUGUCAAACCUGGAGACAUAUUGUGGGUUGAUGUUAGUGUUGGAGCAUGGUGUUCUCAACUACUUUUAGACAUGGCAAUUUUCAACGCUGCGAAUCCCAGUGUAUUGGAAGAUUUAGUUAGGUGGCAUUCACCCCAGAUUGGGAGCCAGAUUUUUAAAGUAAAGAGUCUAUUGAUGGUGAUGAUUCGUCUUCUAAAGGACACCUCAGUCUGCCUAUGCAGAAAGAAGAGAAUUUAUGGAGAGAGAUUUGGAAAACUGCAAAACCAAUGGAGAUCAAUCUUUCUUUCCCGUCGAUCUCUCAGCCGUCACAAGCGACAAGCGACGUCUUUAGCCAUCGACAGCCGCCGUCGAGCCUGCCCAACCUUGAGCAGUAAAGUCGCGGUUCCAUCCAGCCUUGUCCAUAAGCUCUUUUCACAGACAAUCUUCAUCACCAACAUCUCCAUCUCCAUCUCCAUCACCACUUUGUUAAAGGAUUACUUGCUAUGGGUUUCAAAAUCUUCACUCAUGAAAUCCAUACAAGUUAUGCUGCUCGAAUGGAUAACUUUAGAAGCUAUGACUCCAUAA